ACAUGCGCCGUGGGCGACGAAGCCUGGGAGUCAGACGCUCCUGGUUCCCUGGCCCCGGAUUUAAAGGGGCCGCGCCUGCUAAAAGGGCCGGGGAUGUCCCGCCGCACCAAGGAGGAAUACCAGCGCUACUACUCCGUGACUGAGCCCCGCAGCCACCCCAAGGGACACACCGAGUACAAAGUCACUGCAAAGUUUGUCUCCAAGGCGAACCCGGAAGAUGUCAAGGAGCUCGUGGUUUGGAAACGCUACAGCGACUUCAAGAAGCUGCAUUCGGACCUGGCUUACACACACCGGAACCUCUUCCGACGCAUGGAGGAAUUCCCUUCCUUCCCGAAGGCCCAAGUCUUUGGCCGCUUCGAACCUGAGGUGAUCGAGGAGCGGCGCAAAGCCGCGGAGGUCAUGCUACGCUUCACGGUGCACAUUCCUGCUCUGAACAACAGUCCUCAGCUUAAGGAAUUCUUUCGGGGUGGGGAAGGACGGAGACCCUCGGAAAGCUACGCUGACCUGCCAUCCCUGCCUCCGCCUUUGCUCCCCGUUCCAUCAGAAGCUGUGGAAGCCGGCGAGGAUGCUCUGGGGUCUGUCUCUGGGCAGGAGUUCCUGGAUAUGAAGCAGGACCAGACUGAAAUGAUGGAGGCAGCGGGCCAGGAGUGGGAUGGUCUACUGCCCGAAUCGGAUGAGAGAGGGGAGCAUCCCUCUUUGCCCGCCAAGUGUGACGACGAAACCUUCGAUGCCCUCUUUGCCUUCGGCGGGGAAGAGGAGAAGGGAGAAGAGGAGCAUGAGGUGGGAUCGCCCACACGCUGCCUCUUGUCGGUCCAGGAGCUGGCACUCUUUGACCCCUUCUCCAAGGAAGACUUGGAUGUUGCCACCCGUUCUCACUGUGAAGAGCUGGCCGGCAUUUCCGUUUCGGAUCACGGACCGGAACCAUCCCUGGAAACGGUUGACUCGGACCCCGGCGGGUAUCUUCGCCUGGCCACCGAACGCAUCCGGAAAGCCUUGGAGAGCGAAGCAGCCCAGGACUACAAGGAGGCUUUCUGUGGCUACCGCAGCGGAGUUGACAUACUCCUCCAGGGAAUGCAAGGGGACCCAAACAUGGCUCGCCGGGAAGCAGUUAAGAAAAAGACGGCCGAGUACCUACAGAGAGCGGAGGAAAUUUUCCAACAGCACCUGAAGCAUCUUCAGUUGUGAGCAGGGGGUCCUCUCCCGCAACCACACUUGUGGGUCUGUGCCAUCUCCAAAUGGAGCAACCCUUCCUCCUUCCUCCAUUUACCCACCCUUCCUUCCUUGUCUCGGCCGGCUGGAUUGCCUUCCCAUCGUCCUCCCCUGUGUCCACACUUUUGCCAGCUAUUUGCUCUUAACCCUUUAAAAUACACAUUUGUAAAUCUCCUUUCCACUG